CCUUUUCACCUUCCGCAGUUCACUCCGACUGAAUCAGAGAGAGGACAUGGCCGUCAUUUCCCAAAACCCCGGCUACAUUUCCACCACCACCUCCUCCGCCGCGGCUGACCCCCUGUUAUCCUGGCUCUGGUCAAUCGAGAAAGCACUAAUCCAUGGAACGACGUCAGAUUUCGACGAGCUGCUGUCGAAUUGCAUUAAAAGCUUCAGCAACGAUCCUCGUUACAAAAACGACGUCAGAUUUCUCAAGAUUUGGUUCCUCCACAUGGAUAGGAGCUCGGAUUAUGAAAGCGUGUUUCGAGAAAUGGAGAAGAAUAAGAUUUGUUCAUCUAAUUGUUCUCUAUAUGAGUGGUAUGCUUUGUUUUUGGAGGCGAAAGGGAAGUUAAUUGAUGCAUAUUUUAUCUAUCAUCUGGGAAUUUCAAGGAAUGCUGAGCCAAUAGGGAGGUUGAAGAAGGCACAAGUUCUAUUUCUUGAGAGAGUGUCGGAUAUAGUAAUGAUUGGUUCAGUCCAAAAGGUGGAUGUUCUUCUAGAGAAUGGUGGGACUUAUAUCAACCCAUGGUUGGUCUCAACUACUAAAAAGCUAUUGCAGGAGAUGAAUGAUCAGAUCUUGAAAUACGAAGGUUAUUAUGCAAGUAACAAACCCUAUAAGGGAAAAGUUGCAUUAUCUACUUUGCAGAAAUCUGCCCGGAAUAAGACUAUUGAGAUAGGUGGGUACAAGUACCAGAUCAAAGGUUGUGCAGGUCAGGGAGGUUUUGCUCAAGUAUUUAAAGCACAUGUGGAUGGUAAUCCUGAUGAUGUCGUAGCACUUAAGAUUCAGAAGCCAGCUUUCCCUUGGGAGUUCUAUAUGUAUCGUCUGCUCGAUAUGCGAAUUCCAGAAUCAGAAAGGAUGAACUUUGGCUUUGCCCACCGAGUACAUCUCUACUCUGACUACAGCAUACUUGUUUCUGACUACUUAGCUCAUGGGACUCUUCAGGAUGCCAUAAACUCUAAUCUUGUAACUAAUGUGGCCAUGGAAGAAGAGUUGUCUAUCUAUUACACGAUAAAGAUGCUGCGGAUCUUGGAAACUCUGCAUGAUGCUGCCAUUAUCCACGGUGAUUUUAAACCUGACAAUUUGAUGAUUCGAUAUUCCAGAAGGGAUCUACUGGAAGAUAAGGAUAGCUUUUAUGAAUGCAGUGGUCCAUGGAAGGAACAGGGACUGUGCCUUGUUGACUGGGGUAGGGGUAUAGAUCUGCGUCUAUUUCCUGAUGAUGCAAAAUUGUUGGGAGAUUGUCGAACCUCUGGCUUUCGUUGCAUAGAAAUGCAAGAGAAUAAGCCAUGGACCUUUCAGGUGGAUACCUAUGGCCUUUGUGUAAUUGUUCAUAUGAUGCUUCACAAGACAUAUAUGGAAAUUGAAAAAAGACCAUCACCAGAUGGGGGCUAUGUCUAUCAACCUAAAACACACUUAAAGAGAUAUAUGCAAGUUGAACUAUGGAAAAACUUGUUCAUGAAGUUGCUUAAUACAAGUCCCACUGAAGAUCACAAGAGCUUGUUGAGGAAUUUAAGGCAUUCAUUCCAGGAUUACAUGUGUUCAAAUCCUCAGCUAAUUAAAAAGCUUAAGCAGUUAUUGGUGAAGCAAAAGAAUUCCUUGUGUUCAGCUUAGCAGAGUAGAUGAUUCCAACAAAUGUUAAAUGGGUCAUCUCACAUUCUUUGAUGUCCUUUAUUCUUGAACAGUGCAGUGUACAGACGCUUACUGCUGGAGCACACAUUCGUUGAACUAUGAUGAAUGUGUGCUCUUUGAAGAAACUCUGUUGGUCAUUCAUGAUUUCACCCAAUGAAUGUAGGACACAUUAGGCGUCAAUGCUUCUGAUGGAAUGCUGCUUCAUCAUAGAGCAGAUUAUAGCCCUUGUAUCGAAUUUUUAUUCGUUCCAAUAUUCGGAAACUUUGUGAAGUCGUCAA